ACGGCCAGAACGCGGGUCGGUUCGUCUCCGGCUCGCCCACCGCGCCCAGCGCCAACGUUAGCGGCCGCACCCCAGACGAGAUAGGCCUUGCGUCUCAACUGCUGCCGCUCGGAGGCGCUCGUUCUCUCCCUUCGCCCCACCCUCUCUCUCCCCCUUGACGGAAACGACAGCUGCGGCGGCAGGGCUGGCGCCGCCUCCCUCCACCUACCACGUCUGUCCCCGCCACUCCCGCCCGGCGCCCCAGCCCGACCGCGGCGCCUCCGCCUCCCAGCUAGGUCAGCGGGCAGCUCCGCCCGGCUGCCGCCCAGGAUGAACAUCAUGGAUUUCAACGUGAAGAAGUUGGCGGCGGACGCGGGCACCUUCUUGAGUCGUGCUGUGCAGUUCACAGAAGAAAAGCUUGGCCAGGCAGAGAAGACAGAAUUGGAUGCUCACUUAGAGAACCUCCUUAGUAAAGCUGAAUGUACCAAAAUAUGGACAGAAAAAAUAAUGAAACAAACUGAAGUAUUAUUGCAGCCGAACCCAAAUGCCAGGAUAGAAGAAUUUGUUUAUGAGAAACUGGAUAGAAAAGCUCCAAGUCGUAUAAAUAACCCAGAACUUUUGGGGCAAUAUAUGAUUGAUGCAGGGACUGAAUUUGGCCCAGGAACAGCUUAUGGCAAUGCUCUCAUUAAAUGUGGAGAAACACAAAAACGAAUUGGAACCGCAGACAGAGAGCUGAUUCAAACAUCAGCCUUAAAUUUUCUCACUCCUUUAAGAAACUUUAUAGAAGGAGAUUACAAAACAAUUGCUAAAGAAAGGAAACUAUUACAAAAUAAGAGACUGGAUUUGGAUGCUGCAAAAACCAGACUAAAAAAGGCAAAAGCUGCAGAAACUAGAGCUUCAUCUGAACAGGAAUUAAGAAUAACUCAAAGUGAAUUUGAUCGUCAGGCAGAGAUUACCAGACUUCUACUAGAGGGAAUCAGCAGUACACACGCCCAUCACCUCCGAUGUCUGAAUGACUUCGUAGAAGCCCAGAUGACUUACUAUGCACAGUGUUACCAGUACAUGUUAGACCUCCAGAAACAACUGGGAAGGUGUUUUCCAUCCAAUUAUCAUUGUAACAACAAUCAGACUUCCGUGGCACCUGUACCAUCUGCUUCAUCAAAUGUGAUUGGUUCUUCUGCCUUGACUUCAACAAGUGGCCUAGUAAUGACCUCUCCUUCCAACCUUAUUGACCUUAAGGAGUGCAGUGGCAGCAGGAAGGCCAGGGUUUUGUAUGAUUAUGAUGCUGCAAACAGUAGUGAAUUAUCACUUCUGGCAGAUGAGGUGAUCACUGUGUUCAGUGUCGUUGGAAUGGAUUCAGACUGGCUAAUGGGGGAAAGGGGAAAUCAGAAGGGCAGAGUGCCAAUUACUUACUUAGAACUGCUCAAUUAAAUAGGUGGACUAUGGAAAGAUUAUCCAUCAUUACACCGUAUUUAUAUACAAUUAACUCUAAAUAAAGCAGGUUUAGUAUCUUUUAUGUCAGUGUCUUAAGAGACUGAAAAGAAAAUAGCAGCCAUCAGAAACCGGCCUUUCUGCCAAUAAAAUUUAUGGUAAAUAUUUCAUUACUGAAUUUAUGUUAGAGCUUUUAUGCCAAGAAUGUUUUCUCACAAAAUUCUCUUUCUACUGAGGUUUCACUAAUAAGCAGCUUCUACUUUUGAGCCCCAACUUAAAGCAGAACUGUUUUCUACUGAAUUUUUCAUUAAUGGCAAACUUUUUCUUUUAUGUAAAAUAAAUUUAUUAUGAAUUGA